AUGGAUACCGUCUCCCCCCAACCCCCGUCAUACGAGAAUGACAAGAUUGGAAAUGGCGAGAACAAGCACAAUCCAAUCUUCGAUGAAGAGAAUAAUUUGAAACCUGAGCAUGGCGAGGUCUCGGACGCCUUCGGUAACGAGGAGUUCGCCGAGAUCAAGUACAAGACCUUGACCUGGUGGCAAUGUGGUCUGCUGAUGAUUUGCGAGUCCGUCUCGCUCGGUGUUCUGUCGCUGCCCUCUGCCGUCUCAACUCUGGGCAUGAUCCCUGGUGUGAUCCUGAUCGUGGGCCUCGGUCUGCUCGCGACCUACACUGGUUACAACAUUGGUCUGAUGCGCGAGCGUUACCCGCACAUCCAGAACCUGGGAGACGCUGGUGAGAUCCUGAUGGGCGGUUUUGGUCGUGAGCUCUUCGGCCUCGGCCAAUUCUUGUUCUGCAUCUUCGUCAUGGGAAGUCACAUCUUGACCUUCCGUGUGAUGAUGAACACCAUCACCGAGCAUGGCACUUGCUCGGUCGUCUUCAGUCUCAUCGGCAUGCUCAUCUCUCUUGUUCUGUCGAUCCCCCGUACCAUGAAGGGCAUGACCUGGAUCUCUUUUGCUUCCUUCAUCUCCAUCUUCAGUGCCGUCAUGAUCACCAUGAUCUCCGUCGGUGUCGAGGCCCCUCCUACCCGUGUCAUUGACGCCACCGUCGAGACAAACCUGUACACAGCAUUCCAAGCUGUUUCCAACAUCGUCUUCGCCUACUGCGCCCACGUCGCCUUCUUCGGCCUCAUCGCCGAGAUGGAGACCCCCAGCGACUUCAAGAAGUCCCUCUUCAUGCUUCAGGGCUUCGAAAUCUGCCUUUACCUCACCGCCGGCGUCGUCAUCUACUACUACGUUGGAACUGACGUUUCCUCUCCUGCCCUGACAUCCGCCGGACCCCUCAUGAAGAAGGUCGCAUACGGCAUCGCCAUCCCCACAAUAGUCGGUGCCGGUGUUGUCAACGGCCACAUCGGUCUGAAGUACAUCUACUUCCGCCUGUGCGCCAAGUCCGACCUGAUCCAUCAGCGUAACUGGAAGUCCAUCGGCCUAUGGCUCGGACUCGGUGUGUCGUGCUGGAUCGUCGCCUGGAUCAUCGCCGAAGCCAUCCCCGUCUUCAGCAACCUGAACUCGCUCAUCUCCGCCCUGUUCGCUUCCUGGUUCAGCUACGGUCUCAGUGGUGUUUACUGGCUUCACCUGAACCAGGGCCAGUGGUUCGCGGGCCCCAAGAAGAUCGCUCUGUUCGUGUUGAACACCGCCAUUGUCGGCUUUGGUCUUGCUCUUUGCGUACUGGGUCUGUACGCUUCUGGUACCGCUAUCCACAAUGAUACCAGCAGUGCUAGCUUCACCUGUGCCAACACUGAUACCUAA